GUACAGUGCGUCAUCAGGGUGCGCUUUGCGGGCGCGCCGAGGUUGCCGGAAGUUGGGCAGCGUCGGCAAACAAGAGCGGCAGCCAUGGGGGAUCCCAGACUUCCCAAACUGCAGUUCGCCCCGUUCAGCAGCGCCCUGGACGUGGGCUUCUGGCACGAGCUGACCCAGAGGAAACUGAAUGAGUACCGGCUGGACGCGGCCCCCAAGGACAUCAAGGGCUACUACUACAACGGUGACUCCGCUGGGCUGCCGGCUCGCCUGACGUUGGAGUUCAGCGCUUUUGACAUGAGUGCCCCCACGCCUGCGCACUGCUGCCCUGCUGUCGGAACACUGCACAACACCAACACGCUUGAGGCUUUCAAGACUGCAGACAAGAAGCUGCUUCUGGAACAGGCGGCAGACGAGAUCUGGGAGUCCAUCAAGUCGGGUGCUGCUCUUGAAAACCCUGUGCUCCUCAACAAGUUCUUGCUCCUGACGUUUGCAGAUCUAAAGAAGUAUCACUUCUACUAUUGGUUUUGCUAUCCUGCCCUCUGCCUUCCAGAGAGCAUACCUCUCAUUCAGGAGCCAAUGGCUUUGGAUCAAAGGUUUUCAUCAAAACAGAUCCAUGCCCUCCAGCGUGCAUAUGAUGGUCUCUGCCAAACAGAAGGAGUCUCGGCCCUGCCGUACUUCUUAAUCAAGUAUGAUGACGAUGCAGUGCUGGUUUCACCGCUUAAACACUACAGUGACUUCUUCCAAGGUCAAAGGACAAAGAUAACAGUCGGUGUCUAUGACCCCUGUAACCUAGCCCAGUACCCCGGAUGGCCUUUGAGGAAUUUUUUGGUCCUAGCAGCCCACAGAUGGAGCAGCAGCUUCCAGUCCGUCGAAGUCCUUUGCUUCCGCGACCGCACCAUGCAGGGGGCGAGAGACAUCGCGCACAGCAUCAUCUUUGAAGUGAGGCUCCCGGAAGUGACCUUCAGCCCAGAUUGCCCUAAAGCUGUUGGAUGGGAAAAAAACCAGAAGGGAGGCAUGGGCCCGCGGAUGGUGAACCUCAGUGAGUGCAUGGACCCGAAGAGGUUAGCUGAGUCGUCGGUGGAUCUGAACCUCAAACUCAUGUGCUGGAGGCUGGUCCCGACCCUGGACCUGGACAGAGUUGUGUCAGCCAAGUGCCUGCUGCUGGGAGCCGGCACCUUGGGCUGUAACGUGGCCCGGACGCUGAUGGGCUGGGGCGUCAGGCACGUCACGUUCAUGGACAACGCCAAGAUCUCCUACUCAAACCCUGUGAGGCAGCCGCUCUACGAGUUUGAAGACUGCCUGGGGGGUGGCAAGCCCAAGGCCCUGGCAGCAGCAGACCGGCUGCAGAGAAUCUUCCCUGGAGUGAAUGCCAGGGGUUUCAACACGAGCAUCCCCAUGCCUGGGCACCCUGUCAACUUCUCCAGCAUCACCCUGGAGCAAGCCCGCAGGGACGUGGGGCAGCUGGAGCAGCUCAUUGAGAGCCACGAUGUUGUCUUCCUGCUGAUGGACACCAGGGAGAGUCGCUGGCUGCCCACCGUCAUCGCCGCCAGCAAGAGAAAGCUGGUCAUCAAUGCUGCCCUGGGGUUUGACACAUUUGUUGUCAUGAGACAUGGCUUGAAGAAACCAAAGCAGCAGGGAGCUGGGGACGUGUGUCCGUGCCACCCUGUGGCAUCUGCUGACCUCCUGGGCUCGUCGCUUUUUGCCAACAUCCCUGGUUACAAACUUGGCUGCUAUUUCUGCAAUGACGUUGUGGCUCCGGGAGAUUCAACCCGGGACCGGACCUUGGACCAGCAGUGCACUGUGAGCCGUCCGGGCCUGGCCAUGAUCGCGGGAGCCCUGGCGGUGGAGCUCAUGGUUUCUGUCCUGCAGCACCCAGAGGGGGGCUACGCCGUCGCCAGCAGCAGUGAGGACCGCAUGAACGAGCCUCCCACCUCUCUGGGGCUUGUGCCCCACCAGAUCCGGGGAUUUCUGUCACGGUUUGAUAAUGUCCUUCCUGUCAGCCUGGCGUUUGACAAAUGUACAGCUUGUUCUUCCAAAGUGCUUGAUCAGUAUGAACAAGAAGGAUUUAAUUUCCUGGCGAAGGUGUUUAACUCUUCACAUUCGUUCUUAGAAGACCUGACCGGCCUUACACUGCUGCAUCAGGAGACCCAGGCUGCCGAGAUCUGGGACAUGAGCGACGAGGAGACCCUCUGAGACCACCGCUGAGGCGCGCUGGGGCAGGACAGCAGCCGGGACGGGUGACUCCAGGCCUGCGCGUCCCCGCCCCAAGCCCGAGGACCAGGACCCUCACCCCAUCCCACGUCCUGCCCGUCCUGCCUGCAAUAAUAACCUCAGCUUUGGCACCACA